CAUUUUCAGUGUCAGUUCUAUAAUUUUUUUAAAAUAAAUUAAUAUCGCGGUUUAAAUGAAUUUCUCAAGUCCAAUUACGGCGGCAAUCCUUAAUAACAUUAAUGGAGGAACUAUAUCCAAUGUUCCGAAGGAAGUGAGAUGUGAAGUCUGCAACAUUCUGCUGAGCUCGUACAUAGUUCUAAGGGAUCAUAUUGCUGGGAGAAAACACAAGAAUCAAUUCAAAUUCUUAUGCAGAAAAAAGAAGAAUAAGCUAGAUUUGAAUUGUGUAAUGUGCAAUUAUUUAUGUAAGGAUAAUAUAGACUGGGAAGUACAUGUAACGAGCGAGUCACACGUUGAGAAGGCAAAGAUCUACAAACCACAGCCAUCUGUAGAAAUUCCACCUCCAAUUACAGUCGAUCAUAAUGUGAAUAUACAUCAAGUACAGUCAGCACAACCUACAGCUACAUCGAAUAUUCCACCUCCAUUGAUUCCAUUUAAUGAGAUGCAAGAAUUACAGUUAAAAAUGCAAGAUAAGCUUAAUGAACAAGCUUUGAGACAAAUUUUAGCAAAGGAUCGUAAAGAGUGGAACUGCAUAAAUUGUAGUGUGACAUGUCAAUCGAUACAAUCGUGGGAAGCUCAUCUAAUAUCUAAGAAACACAGGAAGAAUAAGCACAAAUUUCAUACAUAUCCAGGAAUAUCAAAAGAGUUUGUCAAACGAAAAUAUCAGAAUAGCUUCGUUCGUGCAAAUGAGACUGUCGGCAAUGAAUUUAUUGAGGAUGGAAUGGUAUUUUAUUGUAAGCGUUGUGAUGUGAGAAUGGAAACAAAAUUACAGCUUGAAAUUCACAUGUCAUCGAAUCAACACAAACUGAACCAUCCAAUAACUCCAGUUCCUGUGGCUAAUCACUUUUCAACAUCUUCUGAACCAUAUACUGCUGUUGAACAAAAUCCACAGCUUUUUAACUUUGAUAAUUCCAGUUAUGGCUAUGGAUUUAGAAACUGGAGUGCUGAAAAUUAUAUGUUUAAUAAAGCAUACGUCCCACCAAAUCAAGCAGAGCUACAAAGACAAACGGAAAUGGACAGACAGAAGCAACUAGUCGAAGAAGCUAAAAGCAAACUACUUGCACGAUUUCCAUUUUAUGCAAUUAAUUUACAGAAGCCAGCUGAAAAUGAGCCGAUGCCAGUUCCUCCUCCUAUAAUGGAUAUGAUUCCUAUGCCACCUGAAUAAGAUUAAAGUUUUUUUUUUUAUGAUUAAUUGAAUACUGAAAUGAAUUGAUACUUUAUUGAAGAAUAAAUAUGUAAUGCAUAAGUGUAAGACUUAAGGCUUUUUGGAAUAUAAA